GUACCGAGCAGUUCAAUGUUUCCUUGCGUAUUACUCCCGCGUUUCACCGCGUGCGUUCUCGCUACAGCAACCCAACCUAAAAAAAGAAUGAGUUAACAAUUAAACUGUGUAAAGUUCACCGUUAUCCUUAUAGCAUGAACGGCGAAUUUAACUUGUAUAAGUUUUAUUAAUAUAAAACAAUUAGACUCCUUGAUACCAAUAUCAGGACCGUCCAGGUUUCAGGUCAAUUCUCAGGGUUGAAUUUCUGUUUUUGUGAUACCGUACUUGAGUUCUGUCGAAACAGUUCUAAGGGAAUGUGAAAAGUGGAAGCAAGAAAAGGAUGCAAAUAGUGAGUUUAAUGGAAUUGAGUCAUUAACGGGAAUGAAUACAACCGAUUUCUUAUUUGUUUGUGAAGGUGUCUACUGUGAGAUUGACAAAUGAAUGAACUGUCAACCGUUGAGAUUUCGUUAAAAGAGCGUGGUAGUACUCCAAUCGUGUUAUCAAAACACACACAUAUGUUUAUCCAUAUAUAUGGAUGUAUAUGGAUCUAUGUGCAUGUGAAGAUAUUUUCGUCUAUACCCCUGCAUGUAUCUUGUAUACAUAUGUGUGUGCUGUAAGAGUAUUUCGAGGCAGGUACGCGGACGAUUUGAAAUGUGGCGUUGACAUACCGAGUAGGAUAGCUUUUGGCCAUCAAUAGAUCAGAUGCGAUAGACACAUGGGUUCUUAUACAACGGCAGGAGUACUUUUUCGUCCGGCUUUUGAUUUAAUGUGGACAUCCUAGAAGUUUGUAUGAAAAACGUGAGAGAAAGAGAAAAAAAGAGAGAAGUUGAAAUAAAUAUCAUUAAGCAAAUGACAAGUAAAACUCAGUGGUGGUGCUCCUCGUAAUUUAGUGCAGUGAUGGACCCAAUAAAUUCUGAUUCGAGAUCUGGUACACCCAAAGAGGCAUUACGCUGAAAUGUUUGGGCACGAUAAGAUAUACAUGAUAGCAGAUUUUAUUCCUGAUCGGUUUGAUCAAUACAUUCAGUCAUCGGGAUAUAUCGUGACAUCACCGUUAUUACGACUUUUUUUUAUUAUUCAUUCCCACUAUUUUCUCUAUGCAAUUCGAAUAGUAGUGCAUCGUUCGAAAAAUAUUGUGGGAGUGAUAACAAAUUAAAAUCAACGGAAUUCAUAACUUAACUAAGACACAUCGUAAUCGAAUCCAAUAUCGAUAAAUAUUAACAAGAUCCCGUCCCUCUUCUGUAAUCUGUCUAUUUUGUCGACUCCAUAAUAUCUAGAGUUUUUACAGUGAAUACAUGUGAUAGUGCAAUCAUUGAAAUCUCAAUUCAGGUGUAAUGGAUUCAAGUGUAAAUGGUGAUAUAGUUUCAUAGCAAUUAAUCCAUCUAAUAAUCACUUCCGUUUUUCUGCGAUUACUGGACAGCCUACAUAUGCAGCGCAUCAAGGUUCUUACGUUCAUCCGUUCGAAUGUUAUUCGUUGUACAAUUUCUCUGGAGUAAAUUGAGGAACAUGCGCGCAGGCACGCGACAAGCACACGCCCGCAUGCGCUCACAAGUAUGCAUGUGAGUGAGCAUCUAAGAAGAGAAUACGGUACAUGAAUGGAAAUAAUGAACAUGCGUUAACGAAUGGCAAAAACAGAUGUACGGCGUUCGUUAUAUUUUUUUUUUCUUUCGUAUCACUAUGAUUAUCGAAAGCCAUCAGAUACGCCGUUUGUAUAGAGUUUAAUGUCAAAUGGAUUAAUCUGACCGAUACAGCUGUUCGCAGAUAUGGAAUAGAUUCUACGGCUUGGUCUGAGAUCUCUCUUGUAUUUUCAUAUUGAAAACUUCGUUUUGUAUUUUAAAUAACGUGACGAAACAUUCCGCAACUACAAUUAGUCUGAAGAUAGCCUCGAAUAUGCUGGGGCCUGACUUGAGAUUCUUACUUCGCGAGUAACGAAUAACUGAGCGCGUAGUUGCUGACAGGCGGCGGCCAUAUCAAAGAACGAUACGAAGGCCCGAAACAUGCUGUGGCGAGCGAUAUGAACGUCGCCAAUCAUCAAAUAAUAAAUACGGGAGUAAGAAAAGAACGGAGCUUAAGUUCACCUGUAGAAGACUCUUCGUAAGCCGCAUGGCAGUUCUGCACCCCGAAUCGGUUUUACAUGCGAACGAAAUAAAAUUGGGAGCCUCAAAGGUCAUAGAGAGCUGAAAUAGUAUUUUGGUGAGUCCCAUCCUAUAAAAUUUCGACACAACGCAGAGACGGUGGGCUCUUGUGGCCCACCUCCAACAUCAUUCAAGCUGGCGAGCGCUUUGACCGCUGGUAUGAACCCCCACCAUCCGGGCCAUCCUGCGGCAUAUCCUCAUCAUUCCUCGUUGUCAAGUAGCCCACAUCAUUCAGGGCCUGGUGGAGGCCAUCAUGGAAGUUAUACAGGAGGUGGUAGUACCGGUGGUGGUAAUACGACAACACCCGACUUACCAAGUCCUCACUCACCUCCUACUCACGGAGGGCAAGCGGAGCCCGGAACCCUUUACGGAUCUCUAUCAAGUGGUCCGGGUUUGGGAAGCAAUGGGAAUCAUCACGGGGCAGUCGGAAUGAUGAGCGAUCAUACUCACCAUUCUGGACACAUACAUCCACAUCUACAAAGUCAUCCCGCAUAUCCAGUGGUUAAUCACAAUAACAACUGCACCCUAAAGCAAGAAGGUGGCCCGAGCGUGCAAUCAAGUGGCCAAAAUUGUGCGGGUUGCGGCGGUAGGAUAGUCGAAAGAUGGCUUUUACAUGCGCUGGAUCGCUACUGGCACAAUUCUUGUCUAAAAUGUUCGUAUUGUGGCGCUGCAUUGGCGGAUAUGGGAACAUCGUGCUACGCGAAAUCGGGGCUAAUACUCUGCAAGCACGACUACGUGAGAAUGUUCGGCGGGGCGUGCUCAGGUUGCGGCCAACUGAUACCAGCUAACGAGCUGGUCACAAGAGCAGGAGGAACAGUUUUUCACGUGAAGUGUUUCAGGUGCAGCAAAUGUGCUGGGGAACUGGUCUCUGGUGACAAGUACUUUCUGGUAGGAGGUUCUCCGGUUUGCGAGGCGGAUUACUUAAAAAUUGCAAAAUCGUCGGGUGCAACAGCGACGUCAACUGCGGCAUCAGCAGCGGGUAACGGUGGUGCACCCGUGAGAAAAGGCAAGGUAGGACGUCCAAGGAGAAGCCGUGAAUGAGGUGGCAACCCGGUUGGUCGCCCGAAAAAGGUACAGCCAACGACGUCACAGUUAUCAAUGGUGUCGUCACCGACCACUACGACAUCGUUGUCCAUCACACCUCUGGUACAGCAUCACAGUCAGACGACAUCGAUGACGCAAUCACCUGCCAUGUCGAUUGGUAUGCAACAAUCGACGGGCCAGGAUGAAGUUGUUAACGUUGUAGUCGGGGGUGAUCCCUAUUCGCCGCCGCCACCGGGUCAUCCGCAUUACCAAAAUCAUCCUCAUCAUAAUCAUCUUCAUCACCAUCAUGGGCAUCUUCCUCAACACCACCAGCAACAACGGCUCGAACAUCCACACCACCAUCUACAAUUGGGCGUAGUUCAGCACCAGCCGGGAGUAUCCGCCAAUUCACAUAGUCGGCCAUUUUACCAAGAAUGGUCACACUGGAGUGAAACCUGCGAUUGAACUGUGCCUUGGAACUGGUAAAUUUCAUCUCACCAACUUCCACAACGACGCCUGAAUGCCUAAACCGCUGUCAUAUUAACGUACAAUUACUCCAAAAGCCAUCGUUAAGAAUUUGACGGCAUCAACAGCAGCGUGUUAUCAGGUCAAUGUGAUACUGUGUUUGUGAUUCAAUUACGUUGCAUUUACGAUGAAUGAUCGAGAAAGUGGUAGGAACUGUGUAAAAAUAAAUUCAAUAUCGUUCUUGGAUUUGAGAGAUUGAGUGCCCAUGCGAGUUAACUGGAACUUAGGGCCAUGAACUUAAAAGAAGCGCAAAAUGUUACAAAAUGAUAUUAUAUAUAGCAAUAUAUAUUUGAGUGAAAGAUAAACACGAAAAAAGGAGUGUAUUGUACGCUUAAAAAUUAGUGGAACUAAGGGGUUGAAUGAAUAAAUUUCCGAUAGAUGAAAAGCAUCACUGAAAUGAAAUACUAAAUUGUCAUCAUCUCCGUGCGUUCAGUAAAAGGAUUUUAUCAAGAUUAUUGCUGGAUCAAGCGAUGAAAAAAUACAUUUCACACUUUCUGAUCCGUUAUGGGAAAGACCUAAAUUAGUGAAUUUGAAAGAGUAACCACGUUACCUAGAUUAAAAGAUUGUACUUGCAAAAAGAACAGUGGUGAGAAGAGUAGUUUAGUGCAAAUAUGAAUGGAAAGACGAUUAUUUGAUAGUGACUGUGCAAAAAAUAACAGUUCGAAAAAACUAUUAAGUGGUAAAAAUGUCUAAUCGAAAGAACGAGAGAGAGAGAGAGAGAGAGAGAGAGAGAGAGAGAGAGAGAGAGAGAGAGAGAGACUCUAACGGAUUUCAGCGGUGACAAUUGCUGCAUACUCCUACCUAUUGCUCAAUCUUUAAGACAGGAAGUAGGUUAUCCCCAGUAUAAGAUUAAAAAUUGACAGUGCUUUGGAAAAAAACCUAGCAGAAUUUGCUCAUAGGUAUACGAGUAUCUUUGCUGGUUAGUUACUACCGCAGUUUCUUCAUUUUUUCAUUUGUUGAAGUCCUUCGAAAUAUUUGUUCAACAUUUUGAAUCAUAGCCAAGAAAGCGAGAUCACUUGAUUAUAUUUUUUCACCGGAAAUGUCAAAAUUCUUCCACCAUCUUUCAACGUGUACAGUUUUCCUUACCCUAAUUGUUCCAAUUAAUUUAUAAUAAUUAAAACUUCGAUUGUCAUGAAUGAACACAAGCUAGUACACCUUUAGUAAAGGAUGACAAAAUGGCAGUUGGGCAGAUGGCAAGAUGGGCGCUACAAUAUCGGAUCCCUAUCAAACAUAAUUAUAAAUUCAAUUUUUUAACGUGAAAAUUUUAGGAAGAUGUCACCGAUGUUAACCCAAAGUUCAAGUUCAAAAUAAAAAACUUGAAUGCAAUCUGCUUUGUGGUACUCAAAAGGAUGUAGUACAGUUCUCUAACAGUAUUGCUUGUCUGGGAAAUUGAUCAUUUAUUGAUUAAUUGAAGAGGAUAGAUUUUGUAGCAUCAUCCGUUAUCAAUUGUCAUAUCAAUGGUCUGCUGAAAGUUGAUAUGUUGUGCAAUAAUCUUCACAUUUGAACCAUAGAAACCAAAUAAUCUUUGCCAUUGAGUCACUCGAAACGUCACCUUCAAAUUCUAUCAGAACAAAUAGUAUCUGAUAGAGUAGACCGGUUCUGGUGGACUCUAAUAUUUUCUUGAUAGGAUUAUCAGAUAGUUACAGUCCAAGUAAAUUUGAGUUUCUGUCGUUGAAAAAAUCAUUCUCCUUCACAAUUAAAAGUUCUUAUACCUCUUUCAAUAUGCAAAGAGCAUUGCGUGUUUAAAUUCGUCAGGACCUUUCUGUUUUUUUUUCUACGACAAAUUUUCUCUGCCAACUGAUUAUUGUGUUUACCAUCUGAAUUUUCAUUGACUCUCUCUUCCCUCUCUGCCGGUUAAUACUUUUAUACAUUAUCUCAAUUUUCAUUGGUUCCAUUUCCCCUGCCGCUCCUUUCUCAUUAAUAUUCCGCACUAUUUACUUACGGUUGAUCAAAAGAUUUGGCGUGUUUCUUGGUUUUUUUAACUUUUCAAAUGUGAUCAAUAAUUAAAAUCGACAAUGAAGGCUGCUGAUCAGAAUAAUUUUGUAUAAUGUAAUACUGACGAGGUUUGUCGGUACAGUUUCCAUUUUAGACUUCUCUCAGCAUAGUAGAACGAUUCCUAUUUUUUUAAUAACCAAAAUGUAUUCGUAUUUCAAUGUCGGCGUUUUAUGGAAAAUUUACGCACGGUUAUAAGUGAUAACGACAUUGCUAGAUAAAUGAUCCUAGUAAUUCGUUGCUCGUAACGAAUAGUAUUCGUACGUAGAGAUUCAAAAAUGGAAACUGUGAAAAAUACCAGGGUCAUGAACUUCAUCAGCAAUAAAUCUAAUUAUGCACUAGAUAACAAUUCCAUUCUUCGUGCCUGAGUCUACUUACUUUGCUCAUUUCUUUUAAAUACGUGUCUAUACACGACGGAAAAUCAUAACAGUAUCAAUCUCGAUUAGCUACGUCGUAAAUGGCUCAAGCUUUUUCGAAGCUCAAUAAUUCAAAAGACAAAUUAUAAUGAAUAAAGAAUAAUUACGAAACAAACAAAAUUUUGUCGACGAAAAUGUGAUGAAACAAAUUUUAAAAAGAACAACUAUCGGAAAAUAAUGGACUAAUACACAAACUAGAUCGUUCGUCAUGCGUUUAUUUAAUUCAUUUUUGAGUGGAAUUUUUCUCCUUGAAAAAAAGAGAGGUGGAUAGAAAGAAUUAUUAAGCUAAAAGCUAUACAAGCAGUGUGGAACAAGUGUGGUACUAAGUAUGAGUGUGAGAGAGAGAGAGAGAAAUCGUGAUUGUGGAAUCAAAAAAUUGAUUUGUAUUCAUCAAAGUAUGGUGAUAUCCAACAUCGAGAUCACGGAGCUUCACAGGGCGUUAUGCAACCUAUUAAUCGCUUAAUAAUACGGCGAUUUCCUUUUUUCCGCAUAACAUCGAGACAUUGAGGCGCCGAUUAUUUUUUGAGACCUUCACGAUCUCGCUGAUGUGGAGGAUUUGUGAAACGUAAAAAAACUAUGAAAAAAUAACCGCAGCUAUGGAGCGUAUGUAAUUUAAAAUUGUAAAUAGGUACAUUUUGUAUAUUGUUAAAGAUUUGUGUGAUAUAAAUGGUUAUUUACUACUUACGGGAGAGGAAAAUAAACGAAUAUUUGGUGACGUUGACGUCGUUCGUAAGUCUGCUGUGGGAUAAACGUUUCUUGACGAUGUGAAUAUAUGCCUAUAUUCUUGACUCAAAACAAUAAUCCGGCGUCCUCAAGAGCUUUCCAAUCCACUAGUACAGUUCAAAUGCCGGAAUGUCAUUUUAGUUGUUUGCAGGACAAUUUAAUACUAUGAAAACAUGUUUAUCCGGACCUCUUCAAGUUCUUGAACCUCGUAUAAAAAAAUGAACGAAACCACACGAAAUAUAUGUAAACAAUGAGGACGUUGCGAAACUUGUGAGGUCGUAAAAAGACAGCUUAAAAGGAUUGAAAAACAGCGAUCGACGGAUGCAAGAAAAAAAUUUUCAAAAACCUAUCUACUUACUUUUAGUGAAUUUUGUUAUUCAUUUAUCUCAAUUUUAAGCCGGGACGGAGAUUUCUAGUCGGUGUCCCGGACUCUUGUAAGAUAUUGCGGCACACAUACACACACAGACCCAAAUACGUUUAUUGAUUGAUUAAACAAUAAAAAAAUCAAAUUACACAUUUUCUGAUAA